AGUAUAUAAAAUAAUCUAGGGCUAGCUUGGUUUAUUUUCUGUUUUACGUGCCUUUCUGUUUCGUUGUACUGUCUUCAGAAAGUUUAUUGUUGAGCGGAAAGUUUAAAAAGUGUCCUCUCGAGUCGAAGAUUCAUGAUACAGAUGAUUCACAGGUAUUCCCUUCAUCAUUGACCUUGAAAGCAAUCGUUGUUCCUCCUUGAUCGUCUCUAGCAUAUUGGAGCAAGUGUAGCAAAAUUUUUUUGGAAAAUUUGUCGAGUUUAACGAGGUUCCUUAUUCACAGAGCAGGAGUAUUUGCAAGAUGGCGACCAAGAGGAAGAAUGUGGUGAUAAGUAAUACACAGUUGGAAAUUCUGACAUCAUUCUGGGCCAAAGGGAUGACUGGAUACAGAGAUGAGAGUAAGAAAGAAUUACUGAAUCAAGCCAUAAUUGAAACUGGACUAACAGAAACUCAGAUUAAGGACUGGAUUGGGAACUACCGAAAAAAACAAUCUGGAAUCAAAUAUCCGAGAACUGCUGUUUUAAAGAAGAAAUUGCCAACCGGUUACAAUUUGUUCAUUUCCGAGUACAUCACCAAAGAACUUGCUAAAGGGACAUCCAGGAAGGUUGCAUUCAGCAAUGCCUCAAAAUUAUGGAAAGACAAGAAAGCAACUGGUGAAGAUCUAGAAUAUGUAAUGAAGGCAAAGGCAAGGACACCGACAGCUGUGGAGGAUAUGAGUGCAGCACAGAAAAGAAUCACAGCUUCUAGAUUGGUCAAGGAAAUUGAAGCUAAGUUUGAAGCACUUGAGAAACUUGGCCUGGAAUCCUUUGGAAUGUGUGUAAUGCCAUCAACGCGUGCCACUUUCAAAUUCGGUACAAGCAAAGGAGAAACAUUCAUAGGUUCUAAGCAAUUAGAGCAACAUUUUACGACAUUUGUGUACGGCAGUGACAUCAGCAGUGAUUCAGACUUGGCCUUGAAAAAGGAUUUAAGAACUCAGGUUCAAAACCUCUUUAAUGAAAAAUUUAUGUUGGCAACUGGAAAACCCCACGUAAGCUAUAAGGAUGUAGACAAUGGACGUUACCUGGUGUCAGGUCUUCCAAACGGAAUACAGAUCAAACGGCCAUCCAGCUACAGUGUAGCAAGUUUAAGAACAAUUUUAGCAGAAGGGAAAGAUAUUACAUUUUCAGAAUGCAGAGAAGAUGAUGAGGACAUGAGUGUAGAUGAGGGUGAAGAAAUAACGGUUAGAGAUGUGGAAGUGGUAGAGCAAGAAUGUAGAACAGAAGUGGGCAAAAACAUAAGUGGGAGAGAGGAAGAAAUUAUAAGAGAGGAAUCUGUAGGAGAGCUACAAAAAGAGGCAACCGACUUGGAGCAGCUAUGUCACACAGUUGGUGUUGAACUCUCUCCAGAUGCCAUUUAUGAUGUGGAAGACAUAUUAAAGAAGAGAAAACGAAAAGGGAGGGUAGAGUAUCUGGUGAAGUGGACUGGAUUUGAAGAAUGUACGUGGGAACCUUACAAAAAUAUUCCUGUAAAUUUACGGAAAUUAUGCAAGAAAUAGAUUGAGUGUCGUUUAGGGUAUCAGUUAACACAUUGACUGCUAGCAACGAGUAUACUUGCCAACCGGGUGUUGAUGGGGAGCUAUGGACGAGUAUACUCGUCAAAAACAGUGCACCUUUAUAACGUUGCUCACUCCACGUGGCUUACCUCGAAAAUCUACAGCCUCAACGGAGGUAGUUCAGGGAAGAUACACCUACAAUAUAAUGUUAAAAUAAUUUAUGUAUGUUGUGUUUAAUUGCAGGCAGUGUAAAAACUGGU